AGCAUGAUAGAAUUUUUUCUUCUGGGACUUAGUGAUGAUCCAGCUCUACAGUCUUUCAUCUUCAGCCUCUUCCUGUCCAUAUACCUGGUCACCAUCCUAGGAAACUGCCUCAUCAUUCUGGCUGUGAGAUCUGACUCCCAACUCCACAAACCCAUGUACUUCUUUCUUUCCAACUUAUCCUUUAAUGAUAUGUGUUUAAUCACAACCACAAUCCCAAAGAUGCUGAUCAAUAUCCAAACACAGGAUCCAAGAAUUGCUUACACAGGCUGUCUUUCUCAGGUCUGCCUUGUGCUAAAUUUUGCUGGUAUAGAAAAUUGUCUCCUUACAGUGAUGGCCUAUGAUCGCUAUGUGGCCAUCUGUCACCCUCUGAAUUACACAGUUAUUAUGAAUCAUCAAUUUUGUGUAAAGUUGGUUCUGUUGUCUCUGUUUAUUAGCAUUGUGCAUGCUUUAAUCCAUACUCUGAUGAUAUCUCUCCUGUCCUUCUGCACCCAAACAGAUAUCCCCCAUUUCUUCUGUGAACUGGCUCAGAUCAUCAAGCUAGCAUGUUCUGAUAACUUCAAUAAUUAUCUACUCUUAUAUACAAUGUCUGUUCUAUUUUUUGGUGUGCCUGUCUUUGGGAUCAUUUUGUCUUAUAUUCACAUUGUGUCCUCUGUUUUGAAAAUGUCAUCACUAGGAGGGAAGUACAAAGCCUUUUCGACUUGUGGGUCUCACUUGUCAGUGGUGUCCUUGUUCUAUGGGACAGGUUUUUCAGUCCAUCUUAGCUCUGCAUUUACUAAUUCUCCUAGGAAGACUGUGGUGGCUUCUGUGAUGUACACUGUAGUCACUCAGAUGCUGAACCCAUUUAUCUAUAGCCUGAGGAACAGGGAAAUGAAGGAAGCUUUCAAGAAACUCUUUGGCAAGAAAACAUCUCUUCUAUAG